AAUAGUGUACUGUGUCUCCGACACUCCGACUCGAACGCGUCGAAGUGGAGAGAGCUGUGAGGAACGAGAAAAUCGAGGAAUGUGUUACGGUCGACUCAAAUUUGCCCAACGGCCGUUGGAAAAUCCGAGCCUUAAUAAUAGCCCUUACUAGCAAAUAUAUCAGAAUUAUAUUUAAAAUUUUAUUUGCUAUAUUUUUUAAACUAUGACUAACUCCACUUUUAUUCUUGAUAAUGGUGCUUACACGGCAAAAGCUGGUCUAACCAAUGAAACGCCCAAAUUAGUUCCGAAUUGUAUAAUGAAAGCAAAAAGUGAACGGCGUAGACCUUUUGUUGGCAAUCAAAUCGAGGAGUGCAGAGACGCUUCUGGGUUGUUUUAUAUCUUACCGUUUCAGAAAGGUUAUCUAGUGAAUUGGGAUGUUCAAAAGACUGUAUGGGACUAUAUAUUUUCAAAAGAAUCUUGUUCAGUUAACUUAAGUCAGCUGUCUGUAAUAGUAACUGAACCUAUAUUCAACUUUUCAAGUAUCCAAGAGGCUAUGACAGAGAUUUUCUUUGAAGAAUAUGAGUGUCACAGUCUUCUAAGAAUAAAUGCAGCGAGUCUUUCAUGUUAUAAAUAUAGAGUGGAGUAUCCUGGUGUAAAAUGCUGUAUAGUAGUAGAUAGCGGCUACAGUUUUACGCACAUUAUUCCUUAUAUUAAUGAUACAAAGGUAAAGGAAGGAAUACGAAGGAUAGAUGUAGGUGGCAAACUUUUGACAAAUUACUUGAAAGAAAUAAUAUCGUAUCGUCAGCUGCAUGUUAUGGAUGAAACAUAUGUAAUUAAUCAGGUGAAGGAGGAUUGUUGUUUUGUAUCUCAAGAUUUUUUUAAGGAUAUGGAAUUGGCCAAACGUAAAUUGGAGAGUAAUACUAUUGUUAAAGAUUAUGUUUUGCCAGAUUAUACCACUCUGCGACGUGGAUAUCUUAAGGAUCCUGAACCAUCUAAUGAGCAACAAACUUUACGUUUGACUAACGAGAGAUUUGCGAUACCAGAAAUAUUAUUUCAUCCAUCAGAUGUUGGUAUUCGACAAAUAGGUAUUUCAGAAGCUAUUAUGGAUUCCAUAAAGGCUUGCAGUGAAGAAACAUGGCCUCAUUUUUUAUCCAAUAUUAUUCUUAUUGGUGGUAAUGCAAAAUUUCCAGGAUUUAAAGACAGAAUUUACAAAGAAAUCAGAAGUUUAGCUCCAGCUGAAUAUCCUGUGAAUGUCUACUUGCCCCAAAACCCAAUUACAUACUCGUGGCUUGGUGGAAAGCAACUUUCACAAGACACAAUAUUUCCUAGUCUUUUGGUAACGAGAGAAGAAUACGAAGAAGAGGGACCAUCUCUAUGUUUUGAAAAAUUUGACAUAUAAUUCUUUUCUUGUUAUGUACAAUUACUAAUAAAUAAUUCCAUUCAUCAUUCAUUGGGAGCUUUCCAGUAAGAGACACAAAUUGACAGCAGUAAUUUUGUCUUUGUCUCUCAUUGAAUAUCAAAGACAGAAAUACUGUUGUCAAUUUGUGUCACUUGCUGAAAAGCUCCCACUAUCAUUCGCUGUCAGUAACAUCACAUCAUGAACAAUUAUACUUCGGCACAAAGAUCAAACAAAACAAAAUAAAUAUAAAUUUAGAAAAAAAA